AAUCAACCGGCUUGCCUGUCCCUUCUUCGGUCAACAAAACACACUCCUUCUUCACCAACGGUCGCCAGCUUCGACCUCGCGUACAAACCCAGCUGUUGUUCAUCCAAUCCCACCAACAACAACUGCAUCACUUUCCUUUUUCGCGUCUUUGACAGACCGAACAACCAGCAAACCCAUCACUCCUUCCGUGUGUAUCCAACGAUAUCCACUCACCCUCCUUCCAAGGCCCGGAACCUCAUCUCUCCAGCCCUCUUCGACUCUUUUCAAGAAAGGAACCACCAACAGCUCUCCCAUUCACAAGCAACUUGCCCUAUCAAACUCACCGCAACGCAUUAACGUUUGGUACCACCCAUCAUCUAUCAACAACCGCCAAGAUGUACACCAAGAAGGCUGUUUCUGUCGUCGCCUCGCUUGCCCUCGCCAAGCAGGCCCUGGGCUUCAACGCUCAUCGCCACAUGCAUGCAGACAAGCGCGACAUGAAGGUUGACAUUGUCACCCACUGGGUCACUGUCACUGUAAUCGAGGGCCAGUCGGUGCCUGCCAGCACUCCCACUCCCACUCCUGCUCCCCAGCCCGAGGUCCCCGAGGUCCAGUACACCCCGACCACCACUUCCACCUCCAUUGUCGUGGUCCCGACCCCAACUCCCAUCAUUGCUGCCCCCAGCACCACCCUCCUCACUUCGGUUGCCCCCCAGGCCUCCUCUUCUCAGCCUCCCGUUGUCGAGCAGGCCAAGGUCGUUGCUGCCAGUGUCAGCUCCACUACCGGUGGCAAGCGCGGUGUCGCCUACAACGAUGCCACCAAGGUCAACCCCUUCUUCUCCGGCUCUUGCAAAGAGUGCUCCUGGGCCUACAACUGGGACUCGAGCGACAACGGCCUCUCCGCCUCGGGCGUUGACUUCGUUCCCAUGCUCUGGGGCCCUAUCGACAUCCACACUGCCCGCUGGACCCAGAACGCCGACGCCUCCAUCGCCAAGGGCUCUACUCAUAUCCUGAGCUUCAACGAGUGCGACAUGCCCUCCCAGUGCAACCUUGACGCCGGUUCCGCUGCCGCCGCUCACAUCAAAUACGUUAACCCCUAUGCCGGCAAGGUCAAGAUCGGCGCCCCCGCCAUCACCAACAGCAACAUUGCCGGCCAGGGUCUCGACUGGCUCAAGUCGUGGGUGUCUGCUUGCGACACCGCCGGUUGCUCCUACGACUUCUGCGUCACCCACUGGUACUCCCCUUCCGACGCCGCCUCCACCCUCUUCGACCACAUCAAGUCGGUCCACGAGAUCUGCAAUGGCAAGCCCGUCUGGCUCACCGAGUUCGCCCCCUUUGGCACCACCGAGCAGAUCACCAGCUUCGUCCAGACCAACAUCCCCAAGCUGGACAGCCUCGAGUAUCUUGAGCGCUACUCCUACUUCAUGGCCAGCGACGGCGUUCUCAACUCGGGCUCCGGCCUUAGCGCUCUUGGCCAGGCCUAUGCCUCGGCGUAAGUCGGCUGAAGCAAUGAUGGUCAAGUUUCGAUUCUGGCACACGUUCUAUUUCAUGGGCGAGCAACCAUGUUUAUUUCGAGGCCAUCGGGCUUUUGGGGUGGAUAUGCCUCUCUGAAAGUGGAUGAACACUUUCUUUUGUUUUUCUUCUGCUGUACAUACAGUUACUCUUUUUUCUUCAGGACUCUCGCUUUUCGCAUUCAGGGGUGGUCACUCGCUGAAUCUCUCUCCCAAAUGGAUGGUUUCUUCUUUUUUUUUCGAGUCGGGUUUGGCUCAAGGGAUACCCGACACAAGCAAUGGUGUUUGCGGACUUUUAGAAACAGGGAAAAUAGGGCUCAAGGACGAUCCAAACGAGAUCCAAAAGGAUAGACUCACGAGCUACGAAUGAACACGCAAUGGAAUACCAGGCUGCUGAGGCCUGCUAUCACAUUAUAUAACUUUAGUGUCCCUACCCUUGAA